AUGGGUUCUACAUCAGAGACUUCCAAGACAGCCCGCCUACAGAACGAUUUCGGGGCUGAUUACUGGGUUCGCAAUAAGGAGACGCAUAGGCAAGCUACCGCUGGACGAGGUCUCUUCGCCGGUCUCCAAGAUGUCAAGCACUACAACGUCGACCACGGCUGGGCGCGUCGUAAGUCCGGCGAUGCUCAGACUGGAUUAUUUGGGUCCUUGUGGAAUAGAUUCGUUGGUGGAUCGGCCUGA